AUGAUUAUUUUAUUUUCAAAUAUUCAUGGACAUUGUCUAAUAUUAAAUCAUCAUGAUAAAAAUAGUAAUAUUAAUCAAUGUGAAUUGCAUCAAUUUAAUUAUCAAGGUUAUUCACAAUGUUUAAGAUGUUACAUUAAUGCACCAAAGAUAUCAUUAGAAAAUAUUACACUAAAACUGAAAUGUUCACCAAUAUUAGAUCUUCAUUGUAUAGAUUUAUAUUUUAAUGAUACUCAAUCAUAUGAAAAAUUUUCUUUAGAAAAUAUUAAUUUAAUCAAUAAAUUGUUUGAUAAACACCAAUAUACUCGUUCAGAAAAACAAAAUUCUCUUAAUAUUCAUAUUAAAUAUGAUAUACUUUAUGAAUUAUCUUUUGAUACAUUUCGAUCAUUUGAUGAUGUAAAAAAUCGAAGUUAUCAUGGAUUACAAUUCGAAUUAAACAAUCAUCAUAAUCAAUUAACACUCAAAAUCAAUCAUGACAUACAAAAGAUGACAUUAUAUGGAUUACAAAUAACGAUUUAUUGUGGUUUCAAAGGAUUGUAUCAAUAUUAUUAUGUACCUGGAUCUGCACGCAUCUCACCAGUAGAGUCACUUACAUGUGAAAUUCCAACAACUACUUCUCCUAUUACAUCCAGCAUCUUUACAGAAAUAACUAAUCUAACAUUCAGUACUAUUCGCUUAUCAACAGCAUCUACAAAACAUGUUCGAUACAAGCUCGUAACUUUUUUUAGUUUAGUCGGAAGUGGAAGUUUUAUAUUUUGCUGUAUACUUACUGGCUGUUUAUACAUAUUAUGUAAACAAAGUAAUCGAAAAUAUGACAUAAAUAUUGAACGAAGAACAAGUAUAGCAUCUAGUAUAACUGAUUCAAUAUCAAGCGGUAGAAGUUUUAAUUAG